AUGAUGAUCGUCUCCGGUGGCAGCGUGAACAUCAGGGAGUCUACGGCUCAAGAUGAGGAUGGGUAUUUUGGCAGUGGAGGUGCUGUCUAUGCCGAGAACAUGAACAUCUCCGGUGGCAAUAUCACCAUCACGGAGUCGAAGGCACUGGUGGAUGGAG